AUGAAACCAAGCAAGACAAAGGAUUCUUCAAUGAAACGAAGGAAAAAGAGUAGUGCAAGUACGAAUAACGUGGACAGGAUUAGCGAGUUGCCUGAAGCUUUGAUUCAGAAGAUACUAUGCUUAGUUCCUACAAAAAUUGCGAUAACCACAAGUGUUUUGUCCAAACAAUGGCGGUCUCAUUGGAAACUGAUGCAUGAACUCAAGUUUGAUGCUUUAGAUCGCAAGCUUGACCUCGAGAGUAUUAGCAUGUCUUUGCUUUCACAUAAGGCUCCUGUUCUACAAAGAUUUCAUCUCAUAGUUCGUUUAGAUGAACGUACUAAUACAAUGGAUUUUGGAAUCUUGAUAGGACUUGCAUUAACCCGCAAUGUCCGUGAGUGUGUACUCAAAGUUCACUCAAACAGAGGUUUGUUUAAGCUUCCAAGAAUCUUGUAUGCAUGUGAAACACUAGAGACUUUGAAACUCAUGCUUCGUCUUGUUGUGGAUGUCCCUUCUUUGGUUUCUAUGAGGUCCCUUAGAACACUACACCUUCAUCGUGUGGACUUCAAAGACGAGGAUUCUAUUCUUAACCUUUUAUCAGGCUGUCCUAACCUUCAAGAUUUGGUAGUCCGUACAAAAUCAAGUAUCAACGUGAGGACUUUCAAAAUUGUAGUGCCAUCUUUACAAAGACUAACAAUUCAUAAUGGAGAUGGUGGGAAACGUCAAUGUCGCUAUAUGAUAAAUACUCCUUCUUUGAAAUUCUUGAAGAUCGAAGGGACUAAUGCAUUUGAGUCUUCUAUGAUGAUGAACUUACCAGAGCUGAUGGAAGUAAACAUUACUAAUGCUCUUGAGAUAACCGACGAGAAGCUUAUGAUAGUUCUCUCUUCUGUCAAACGCCUUUCAAUAGCCGUAUCACCCUUGCAGUUUAAGUUUCCUAUUGGUAUCAUCUUCAAGCAUUUGGUAUAUUUGGAGCUAUCUACAUUCAAAAAAGCAUGGUGGUAUGUACUCUCCUUCUUGCUCCAUAGUUCUCCUAAGUUGCAAGUCCUCAAGCUCCUUGGUGGGAUGUACAAUGAUGAUGAAGAUAUUGGAGAAUGGAAGCAACCAGAGAAUGUUCCUCAAUGUUUGUUGUCUCAUCUUGAGACAUUUAUAUGGAAAGGUUACAAAUAUUGGAAACAAGAAACAGAUAGAGAAGUGGCUAAAUACAUUCUAAAGCAUACGGAUUGUUUGAAGACAGUUACUUUCUCCUCAACAGGCAUCAGUGAUCAAGAGAGGCUUGAGGUGGUGAAUGAUUUGAUAAGUCUUGUUAGGAGUACUAAUUCAUCAUGCAAGAUUCAGUUCUUAUGA